GAUUUUUCUAUCCCAUAUUGCAAAAUAGAAAAGGCUCGUAGGUAAAUCUUAAAAAAUCAUUGGAUUUUUGUUUAAUAUAGAAAAUAAAAAAGCUGGAUGAUUGUGGAUUCUAUUUUGGAGUAAAAUUUAGCGAAACAAUAUUUAGGUUGAUCACAUUCAUCCGAUAACAAAAAGAGACCAAAUGCUCGAUGUCUUUGUGACAAAUGAUGAUUGAAGUCUCAUUUCUUUCUAAAUCACACUAACGCGCUUAUAGACACGCGUUGGUGCGGCGCGUAUGACAUUCGCCGUCGUCCAACGACCAUGCCAGGCUCAGCGUCGACGACUCACCGCCCUGAGGGUUUAAUUGAGCGGCUUCGCUCCGCCGCUGCAGACGGCGGAGAAGCCAAAUUAAAGGUCCUCAGGGAACUUAAGAACCAGAUAAUUGGCAAUCGCACGAAGAAGCUCUCGUACAUCAAGCUAGGUGCCGUCCCCUCCGUCGUCUCGAUUCUCUCAUCCGCUUCCUCUUCAGUCGAUUGCCUCCUCAUCCAGUGUGCCGCAACCAUCGGCAGUUUUGCGUGCGGGGUGGAUGCCGGUGUUAAGGCCGUUCUAGAUGCCGGAGCUUUUCCUCACCUUAUAAAUCUCCUUUCGCAUUCGAACGAAAAGGUUGUAGAUGCAGGUGCUCGUGCCCUUAAAAUGAUAUACCAAUCAAAAGCUGCUCCUAAAUACGACUUCUUCCAACACAAAAACAUUGAAUUCCUCAUAUCUUUAUUAGACAAAAACAAUGAAAAUGUAACUGGACUUGGUGCAAGCAUCAUCACACAUUCAUGUGAAACAAACAAUGAGCAGAAAAUAUUAGCAGAUGCUGGAGUCUUAAAAAAACUCAUCAACCUUCUUCAAGGCACCACAUCUCAGAGAGAAUCCAGCCUGGAAUCAUUUGCCACAAUCAUCAAACAAAAUCCCGAAGUCAUUACUAAAUUUGUGGGACCCGAAAACAGCACAACAUUUGGUAGUUUACUAGAGUUAACAAAAGAUAGGUACCCAAGAACAAGAUUACUAGCAUGCAUAUGCUUGACUUUAAUCAAGAAUGCCACCUCAUCAUCAUCAUCAUAUCUUCAAUCAGUGGGAAUCAGAACCAAAUUGAUUCUGGUUUUACUUGAACUUGUUGAUGAUUUUGGUCAAGUGGGAGAUGAAGCUUUGUUUACAUUAUCUAGCUUCAUAGAACAUGAAGAGGAUCUACAAAAAUUAGCUUUUGAGGCGAAUACAGUUGACAAACUUUGUCACCAAAUGCAAAAAGAAUCAUUACAAGCCAAACGCCUUGAGGGAAUAUUUACAACUUUGGGUAAUCUUUGCUCGAAUCUUGAACCUUGCAGAUCUAUUGUUUUGCAAUCACCCAAGGCUUUGAUCAUCAUAACUGAUGCUUUAACUCAUACUACAAUAGAUGUUCGUGUUGCUGCUUGCAUCUGUUUGAAAAAUGUUUCCCGCUCAGUUAAGUAUUUGAGUGCAGGUCAUUUUAUGACAGACGCAGUUAUCAUGCCAGUGAUUCAGCUUCUAUAUGAUGCUUCUACUUCUGUCCAAGUUGCUGCACUAUGCACUCUUGUGGAGCUAUCAAAAUCCAUGGAUUCAACUGUUAGGCUCAAUGCUGUUUGGGCUUUGAGAAACUUGAUGUUUCUUGUGGACUCCAGGUGUAAAGAAGAAAUCUUUAUGGACCUCAAAUUAUUCCCAUUAACACGACUCAUCUCUGAUUCCAAUGCAUGUGUGCAAGAGCAAGCUUUAGGGCUUGUUUGCAAUCUUGUGAAUGGACCUGUAGACUCUAUUAUGUAUCUAUUCACUGAAGGUCUUUUGCUAAACACUGUUGGGAGAGAAUUAAGAAGAGCUUCAAAACCUCAAGUUUUGGUUCAGGCAAUGUAUGUUAUGUGUAAUGUGGCAUCUGGGAAAGAGUUUGAGAAGGAAGCAGUGAUGCAGCAACUUGUGAAUGAAGAUGAUAAUAAUCAGUCAAUAAUUGUGACUUUAUUGCAAAGUGACGUGGCAAGUUUGAGAACAGCUGUUGUAUGGACUGUAGUAAAUCUUACUAUUCCAACUGGGGCAGGUGCAUUAGCAAGAGUUGUCAAAUUAAGAAAUGCUGGUGUUGUUUCACAGUUAAAGAACAUGGUUAAUGAUCCAUGCUUGGAUGUCAAGCUUCGUGUAAGAACAGCACUUGGGCAAUCAAUGACUUUUGGGGAUUUUUCUACGUGAAGUGAAUGUUGAUGUUUUGAGUUUUACUCAAGUAUUGGCGGGAAAUUGUUUUUGUAAUUUGUAUGUUGAUUUGUGGUUGAUAUUGUUGUAAUUUGUAAUAAUUGAAAUGUGGGUUGUUUUUAGCUUAUUAUUUUUGUUAAAUAUCAUUAUUUAUAAACUAAGUAUUACAUUCUUGUAGUAAUCUUCUUUAGAUAUUUAAUUAUAAAUGUUUAAAGUU